AUGGCCAAUUCACCCAACCUGAGGGUCUUCCUUGGUGUGGUCCCUCCUGAGCUCAGACAUCCUGCCCAGGAUGCUGGCCGGUCUCCUGACUGGGGACAGGACCAUCUCAGUCAAUGGCUGCUUCACACAACUCUAUUUCUUUCCGUGGCCGGGAACACCCUCAUUGUUGUGCUGAUUGUGGUCGAUCGGCACCUUCACACCCCCAUGUACUUCUUCCUGGGGAACUUGUCCUGCUUGGAGAUUUGCUACAGCUCAGACAUCCUGCCCAGGAUGCUGGCCGGUCUCCUGACUGGGGACAGGACCAUCUCAGUCAAUGGCUGCUUCACACAACUCUAUUUCUUUGGUCUUCUGGCAUCUACGGAAUGCUACCUCCUGGCGGUGAUGUCGUACGAUCGGUAUUUAGCCAUAUGUAAACCCCUGCACUAUUCAGCUCUUAUGAGUAGCAGGUUUUGCCUCCAGUUGGCUGCCGGGUCCUGGUUAAACAGUUGUUUGGCGACUACGAUCUUGAUAUUAUUCAUGUCGCAGUUCAUUUUCUGUGGCCCGAAUGAAAUUGACCAUUUCUAUUGUGAAUCCCUCCCGUUGAUCAAACUCGCCUGUGGGGACACACACCUGAUCGUAUUGAUGGUUUUCGUAUUUGCCUGUGCAUUCACCCUGCCUCCGUUCCUACUAACCCUGACGUCCUACGUGUGUAUCAUCACCGCGAUCCUGAGAAUCCCUUCCACCACCGGAAGACAAAAGGCCUUUUCCACCUGCUCCUCCCACCUCAUGGUGGUGACCAUUUUCUAUGGAACGAUAAUGGUUGUCUACAUGCUACCGACACUUGAUUCCCUAAGAGUCCUCAAAAAAAUGUUCUCUCUUUGCUACACCGUCUUUACUCCCCUAGUAAACCCCCUCAUCUACAGCCUCAGAAACAAAGAGGUCCGGGAAGCCUUGACCAAUGCUGUCAGGAAACGUGGCUUUCACAAGAAAUUGCCGGGAAGCCUAUGUCAUUACUGA